AUGCGGGCAUCACUUAUAAGCUUGACAACGGGCUCAGCUUCAUCCUCUUCUAAAAGGAUAGCGGCUAGAAGUAGUUCGAGGCGCAUAAUCCAUUUCUCUCAAGCAAGCUUUGUACCAUACCGUAAACCGGUAUCAUCUUCCGUCUUAAAUCAACGUGCAGCACCACUACAGACAAUAUGCCAACAGAGACAGAAACAUACCGCUGCGUCGCCCUCGCCCCCGGAACACAAGGUACCAAUAGAUAUGGCGUAUGACUUGGUUCAGCCGAAAGAUGUAACAGCGAAAGGACAAAGUCUAGUCAUUUGUCAUGGAUUAUUUGGAUCAAAACAGAACUGGAGAUCUUUGGCGAAAUUAUUCGCUUCAAAACUUGGUAUGCCAAUAUAUACCCUUGAUUUGAGGAAUCAUGGUACUUCACCUCAUGCGGAACCACAUACAUACUCAGCGAUGGCAGAGGACAUAUCCUAUUUCUUGAAGAAACACAAUCUCACUUCUGGAGUGAAUUUGAUGGGACAUAGUAUGGGAGGGAAAUCAGUAAUGGCUUUUGCGUUGAAUGAUAAAUUGAACAAACCAUUGAGAUCAUUGAUCAGUGUAGACAUGUCUCCUGCAAUAGGAAAGAUCUCAGCAGAAUUCGCGUCGUAUACGGAAAGUAUGAUGGAGAUUGAAAAAUCAAGGGUCAAGACAAAACAUGAAGCAGAUCAAAUAUUAGCUAAAAUCGAACCUUCAUUACCGACUAGACAAUUUCUAUUAACUAAUACACGUCAAACCCACGGUGAAGAUCCACAUUUAGUUUUUAGAAUACCUUUACCACUUUUAUCUUCAUCGAUACCCGAUAUUGGUGAUUUCCCUUAUACGCCACCACCACCUAUAUCAUCCACGUCUCCACAAUGGAACGGUCCUACUUUAUUCUUAAAAGGUUCUCAAUCGAAAUAUAUAAAUAGGAAGAACAUACCAGUGGCAGAAGCAUUUUUCCCAAAGAUGAAAUUGGAAAUAUUGGAAACGGGUCAUUGGGUUCAUGCUGAAAAACCUAAUGAAACUGUUGAAUUGGUUAAAAAGUUUAUCGAAAGUGUAUAA